AUGUUACCAAAGCUGGAGGAAGUUCAGACUUCGCAGGCUGCGGUCUUGAAAGCAUUAGAUGUGCUGCUCGAGCCAUGUGCAGACUACUCAGCGCUAGAUAUCGACCGGACGGCGAUAAGCUCUUAUCAUGAUCUGCUCCAGCAGGCAUGGCAGGGUCUCGAGCGACUCGAUGAUGACACGAGAGCAAAUCUAGUGCGAGCACACCCAAGGAUAGGCGAAGUCGGCAAUCUGUCGACCUUCAGUGCGGCCGAACAGACCAAACGGCAAACACCGCCAGAGGUGCUUGCAAAGUUGAGCUCGCUCAACCAGCUAUACGAGGCUCGAUAUACUGGACUGCAGUAUGUCACGUUUGUCAAUGGGCGCUCGAGAGCAGAGAUCGCAGAGGAGCUAGAGCAAUUUCUCGGCCUAUCGAGCAACGACACGUCUGCGAAAGACACAGAGGGAAUCUCAAGCACAGAAAUCUCGGCAACCGUCGCCAGAGGUAGUCCUGAGUGGCAUGCUGAGGUUCAGCGGGCUUUGCAAGCCGUCUGGCAGAUAGCAUACAGCAGACUGGACUCGCUCGAACUGUCGUAG